UCAUGGAACACGACCACGAUCACGACCACGACCACGACCAACGCCGGAGCUACGGCCACCACCAUAUCGCUCGAAAACUCAACUUCAACGCUCCCCUCUUGACCACCCGUCGUCCCGCCGCCAAUGUCGGUAUCGGCCGCUUGAGUAUCUCCGGCUCCACCACCAGCGAUCGAGUUCCUUUCUGUUGGGAGCAAGCUCCUGGCAAGCCCAAGGACUACGUCGAGAGAUGUCACGACGUCGUUUACGACAGCUCUGCUACUACUCCUCGUCCUACGCUUCCGCCUCGAUGGUGGCGACCACCGAUUCAAACAAAAGAAAACACUCGACGUAGUGAGAGUGACGACAAUUUGAGUGAGAGUGAUUAUGUCUUGUCCGAUGUCGUGGAUGUGUUCUCGUUGUCGGAGGCCAUCGAUAUAGUCGAGAAGGCCGAGAAGGAUUUGAAGCUAAACGAGCUGAAUUUGUAUAGAGAGAAGGAAGAAGAAGAAGAAGGAAAGAAUGUGAGUUGCAAGCGGUCGUCGAAUUUCAUGAUCGAGCGGUUUCUACCGGAUGCAACGGCAUUAGCCGCCUCGUCGGUGUUGAACCGCCACGCUUUCUCGCCGCAGAGGGUGGGAGGGAGGCCAUUUUCACCGCCCAAGGGCUGUGGGCUAGACAUGCUGUUUCCAUGGCGGAUAAAGCACCACCAUCGGUUGUGUGGAGUGAGAAGUCCGGUGAGGGACGACAACCGUAGGGUUGGAUCCAAAUCUUCUGUAAAGCAAAAGAAACAUAUAAUUUAGUUUCAAUUCUUAAUUUAAUCUAUAGUUGUAUAAAUUUUUGCACAAGGAAACCCU